CUUACCAUAAAUAUAAAACUAACAACUCGACACUUAUAUAUCAAUAUUUGUUUACUUCUUAAAUAUUAAAGUAAUACUCUAUAGUUUUAGUUUUAUGUAUAAUAAUUUAUUGGUUUAUUUAUUUACGUGUUAAUAUUUAAAUACUGUGAAUACGGUCUUUAAAAUUAUCUUAUGUACUUUAGUAUUAACGUACGAGAAAAUUUUUCUUGAGCUAUGUCUGAAGUCGGAGUUGACGAUAAACCUUCAAAAAAAUUGAAACAAGCUUGCCUUCCGUUUAAGCAAGUUAAUUCACCAGGAGAUGAUUCUAAUUCAAAAUGUCGAAAACGUAAACUCAGUGGGACUGAGAAUGACGAGACUAGAGUUGAAAACCCUAAAGUUGAGUUACUUAAUGGAGGCACUAAAUGUUUUAUUAAAUCAGAUGAAAAUGAUGAAAAAGAAUCCGAGAAACAACCUAAAGAAAUUGUCAUAGUUGAUGAUAGUAGUUCAAGUGAAAAAAGUUAUGUCAAUUGUAAUGAGGUGAUUGAAGUAAAAGAUUCUUUAGAAUCAACAAAGAAUUAUGUUAUUAUAGAUGAAGAAAAUGAAAAAAUUUCAGACUUAAAGAGUCCAGAUAGUUAUCAAAAAAAUAAAUCAUUGAACAUAACACCUGAGAGUUCUAAGACAACAGUAACAACACCAGGUUCAAAAAAAUUGACACCCAAACAGUUAGCCAAAAAAUUAGAAUCUACAAAAAAACAGGAAGAACGUCUUAAAUUAAAAGAAGAAAAAGAAAGAGCCCGUGAAGAGAAACUUAAAGAACAACAAGAAAAAUUACGUCUUAAGCAAUGGGAGAAAGAACAAAAAAAACAAGCUGAGGCCGAAGCUAAAAGACAAAGAGAUCUAGAAAAGGAAAAUGAAAAAAAGCAAAAAGAAGAAGAAAAAAAAGCUAAAGAACUAGAAAAAAAAAAAAAAGAAGAAGAAAGAAAAGCUAAAGAAUUAGAAAAAGAAAGAGAAAAAAAACAAAAAGAAGAUGAAAGAAAAGCGAAAGAAUUAGAAAAGGAAGAAAAAUUGCUUAAGGAAAAAAUGGAAAAAGAAAAAAGUGAAAAAGUUAAAGCAGCAUUUGUUGGAUUUUUCAAACCUAAAAACUCAAAUUCUAGUAGCAUAAAAAAAGAGUUUGAAAAUAGUGUUCAAGAUGAAAAUUAUUAUUUUAUGCCUUUUCAAACUAAACCAGAUAUGAGAAUCGCUCCUACAUGCAGAAGUGUUAUAGAUGCUAAAAGAAAACAAGCUUUAGAUAAAUAUCUUAGUCAAUCAGAAAAUUUAUCCGAAAAGUUAUACUUGCAACUGUUAAAAAAUGGAAACUAUAUAUCAUGUAAGUCUGAAUCUACUUGGCCAUAUUCAAGUGAAAAUGAUGCAGAUGUUGUUAUAAUUGAAACUGGUGAAAACCAAGAGGCAGAAAUAAAUUCUGUUGAAUUGACAAAAAAUGCUAAAUCUCGGUUUCGAUGGAAAUUAUUGCAGUUUACUGAAAAUAAAAGACCACCCUAUUGGGGUACAUGGAGAAAAAAAAGUCUUUAUGUAAAACCAAGAAAACCUUUCUCUUGUGAUAAAAUUAUGUUUGAUUAUGAAGUAGACUCUGAUGAUGAGUGGGAAGAAGAAGACCCCGGUGAAAGUUUACAUGGUUCUGAUGAUGAAAAAGAAUCUGAAGAUGAUUAUGAAGUGGAUAAUGACUUAUUUGUGCCUCAUGGUUAUUUAAGUGAUGAAGAGGGUCAAGACAAUGAUGAUACUACUGAAGAAGCGCAACAAGAGAAAUUAAAAAUGCUUGGUAAAGAAUUUGAAGCUGAAAUUAAAAAAAAAACUGAACGUAUUAAGCCACGUUUAGUUGGAUGUGUGUGGAUUCCGAAUAAUGUAACAAAUCCAGAAAAUGUAAGUAAAUCUGUUGCUGAUACUUUAUUGAAGUAUCGUAGUGUUUGGGGUGACGAAGAACCUAUUAUAACAAGAGCUCCUAUAGUAGAAGAUUCUCCAAAACAUUUAAAUACAAGUUCUGAGGUUAAGAAAAAAAUGUUACUUCCUGAUUCAAUCAUUCCUAACUUAAUAAAACAUGUUCAUGGAAACAGUAUUGGUUUAAAACUACUUGCUAAUCAAUUUAUGGAAGAGCUCUCAAAAACUCAGACUGAUAUUGAUGAAAAUUUUAUUAGCAUUCCUAUAAUUCGACGAUCUAUAAAAGAAAUUGCUAAAAAAUCUAGUAAUUCCGGUCCAUGGAAUAUUACGAAAGAAUAUUUUGAUAAGUAUGGACUUGAAUACUCUGAAGUACUGAAUAAAACAAUUUACAGUGAAACACCUAAAUCAUCUACUAAGUCUACAACAAAAUCUAUUCUCAAGAUAACUAGUUUUAUGACUUCUCAAACGGAAAAACAAUGUUUGAAUUCUUCUGAAAAGCCUAAAGAAAAAUUAGAUGAUGAUAAUAUAAUUGAGAAUAAAGAAAAGUUUUGUCCAAAAAAUCUAUUCAGUUCAAAAUUAACUUCAAAAUCACCAGUCAUUGAUUUAAAGAAAGAAGAACAAAAAAUUAAUAUAGUAGGAGGUAAAAAAAGGAUUACCCCAAUUCUAUUAUCUCCAAAAAAACGAUUUAAUACACAUGUGAAUAAAAAAAGAUCUCUGAGCCCUAUUCAAACAAUAACUAUUGAUGAUUCAUCAAAUUCAGAUGUUGGUAUAGUUGUUGAGAAUAGUUAAUCAAAUUUGAUCUGGGCUUUUUUAUGAGGAAUUGUUAAUACAUUCUAUUUUUAUAUAAAUUAAAUUAUUCUAUAAUUUUAAUAUUUUAUUAAAAAAAGUUCUUUUAAUUUUUUUUAAUAUUACUGGAAUUAAAACAUGUAAAUAGAUGGUUAUAAUGUAUGUUUUUAAGAUUUUAUAUGAACAAUAAAAUGUUUUGUGUAUCCUUAUUA